UUGUCACACGUGGAUAUAUCAUUCUCUUGUAACGAUGGGCAAUGAAGAAACUUUAAAUGUCAUAUUUACCAUAGGGUAUUCGUUUUUUGUGUUAUGUUUUGUUGCACCCCCAACUGAAUUUGUUUCAGCAGGUUUGACAAUACAGAAUGUUUUAUCCAACUAUCUUGGCAGUGAACAGUUACAUUUUAUCGAUUACCAUAUGAAGAGGACAGCUAUUACAUUACUAACUCAUUCACUACUACCGUUAGGAUACUACAUAGGACUAGGGUUGUUUUCACCAAACCUUGGUUUGUUUACUCCAUGGAAGUUAGGAUUUCUUUGGAAGAGCUAUUUAGUCUCCUGUGUUCUAGUUAUUUUGACAACAUCCCUGCUCUUCUACCUUUGGACAAGAAAUAAAUACAACAGCCAUCCCAUAGCAAAAGAACUAGCACUGCUUGGGAAUGGAACCUCCUGGAGGGCUGUGGCUUCUUCCAUUAACAUAGAAUUUAGGAGGGUAGAUAAAUUCACGACAGGUGCCCCAGGGCGUAGAGUGAUUGUGACAGACUCAUGGGUGAUGAAAACGUCCACCUACUAUGUGUACAUUGCACAUCAAAAUGAUAUACAUCUAUCCUUAUCCAAAUCUGAGGAGCAUGAUAUUCAUUAUGAAAGUAUGACAUCUGUUCAGUUCCUCAAGUUUAAUGUGAUAGGUAUCAAUCCAAAGCUCAAGCCAUUUACUAUCAGGUUGAAUGCCUUAGAGUAUAGAGAUCUGAAAGACAAGUUGACAACACCUAUUGUCAAUGCCAGGAACAUAGUAAUAAAACAAUCCCUCAGUGACCAGUUCCUGGAGGCCUUUAGACACCAAGUCAGCCUGAACCAAGUCUUCAAUAUGCCAGAAGGAAUGGAGGCAGAUACUUGCAUUGGGUGUAUGCAGAAGGAAUCGGACAUUAAGUUAGUGAAGUUGUGCGACAGUGUCGGGGCUGAUCAGUGUGUACAGUGCUACUGUCGACCCAUGUGGUGUUUAGAAUGCAUGGGAAAGUGGUACGCUAGUCGUCAGGACCAACAAAGACCAGAAAUCUGGAUGUCAGGAAACUCGCCAUGUCCAACAUGUCGAGCUGUGUUCUGUGUUCUAGAUGUAUGUCAUAUUGUAAAAUGAAGGUUAUCUCUGUCAA